CUUUUUUUGUUUCAUACUUGUUUUCUUUGUGCCAGAAACGCGCCCCAUUGUGAAACAACACGACAAAAAGCUGAGUACAACGUGGAAUUAGCAUGCACUCAGUUGUUCCAACAGCUUUUGCCAUUUCCUAGUUUUCCAAAGCUUUCGAAAAUCGUUUUUGCAUUCAUAAUGAUGAAAAAUUAUUGGAUAAAGCAAAAGGUUGUUUCACCACUUCCAUCAAUGAAGGCGCUGAUUCUAGUCGGAGGAUACGGAACACGGUUGAGGCCGCUUACACUAACCCAGCCAAAACCUCUGGUCGAAUUUGCCAACAAGCCGAUGAUGUUGCAUCAGAUGGAAGCGUUGGCUGAAGUAGGAGUCGAUACAGUUGUUCUCGCUGUCAGUUACAGAGCAGAACAGUUGGAGCAAGAAAUGACAGUUCAUGCAGAUAGACUUGGAGUCAAACUGAUAUUCUCUUUAGAAGAGGAACCUCUGGGAACUGCUGGCCCACUGGCUCUUGCUCGAAAACAUUUGGAAGGCGAUGCACCGUUUUUCGUUUUGAACAGCGACGUAAUUUGUGAUUUUCCCUUCAAACAAAUGGUUGAAUUCCACAAGAAUCACGGAAAAGAAGGAACAAUUGCCGUUACAAAAGUAGAAGAACCAUCGAAAUAUGGAGUAGUAGUUUUCGAUCAAGAUAAAGGAAAAAUUGAUGAUUUUGUGGAGAAACCACAGGAAUACGUUGGUAACAAGAUCAAUGCAGGUCUCUACAUUUUUAGCUCCAAAAUUCUCGACCGCAUCCCACUGAAACCUACUAGUAUCGAGAAGGAAAUUUUCCCCGAAAUGGCAUUCUCUGGAAAUUUGUACGCUUUUGUACUUCCUGGCUUUUGGAUGGAUGUAGGUCAACCGAAAGAUUUUCUCAAAGGAAUGUCCCUUUUCCUAAAUCAUUGUCAUACUACAAAAUCCGAUAAACUCGAAACAGGAUCAAACAUACAUCCAACAGCUACUAUUCGUGGAAAUGUGAUGGUUGACCCAUCGGCUACUGUUGGAGAAAAUUGUGUGAUUGGGCCAGAUGUCGUUAUUGGUCCACGUGUGAAGAUCGAAGGUGGAGUUCGAAUCCUGCACUCGACAAUUCUUUCCGAUUCGUCAAUUGGCAACUAUUCAUGGGUUUCUGGAAGUAUAGUUGGUCGAAAAUGUCACAUUGGAAGCUGGGUUCGUAUCGAGAAUAUUUGUGUUAUUGGAGAUGAUGUGGUUGUAAAGGAUGAAUUAUAUCUCAACGGUGCCAGUGUCUUGCCACACAAGUCGAUUGCUGUGAAUGUUCCGUCGAAAGACAUUAUUAUGUAAAAUAUAUCAAUUUUAUUGAUUCUUUAUCGCACUCUUUAGUCAUAACUCAUUUUACCAAAGUGCCAACUUUCAAACUUGUGAUAUUUAUUGUAUUAUUUGAAUUAAUUUAAUUAUGUGAAAAUCAGUUUUUGUUUCCUGAUAGGCGGGCUAAAAAUCCAAAUUUUCUCUUUCCACUUACUCGAAAAUCUAAAAUCUAUAGAUUAAUCUAUACAAUCUACUGGGUGAUUAAUUGUAUUCUUCAGGAAUUUUAUUGUUUUUAUUUAUUUUUAAUCAUGGCAUGUUUUUCUUUCUCUGUUUUCUUGAUUGCGCCGGUUGAUUUCUUGUUAAAUAAAUUAUUGUGGUUAU